AUGCUCGGAGAAAAUAGUACGACGGCUUGGAGAAAAAAAGCUCCCACUGAUUUGUCAAAUACGGUCAAUCGAGAUGUCCUAUACGCUUGUUGUCGUAGCUUGUAUAAUGAGAAUCUUUUAAACAAAACCGUGGAAAAGGGCACUCAACCUAAAAUUGAUAUCUCAAAUGAUGAAUUCGUUUCUCGACCUCAAGUUGUAGAACGGAUUAAAGAAAUUCUUCAACCACAUAAAAAUCAUUCGUAUUAUCAUUUGAUCUGUGGUGAACACGGGACAGGAAAAACUACAUUAGCCAGGAUCGCUUCAAGUGAGGUUGGGUGUGGCGUUAUAUAUGUUGAUAUCCCCGCGGAUUUAAGUGGAUUAGAUAAGGCCUUUGGAAAAGCAAUUAAUUUCGCAUCUGAGAAAAUUUCUAUUACUGGACAAUGGUUGCGUAAAAUCAAAUCGGAUGAUACACCUAAGAUUUCUGAAUGUGCAAAAGCUUUGAAAACCUUCAGACACGCUAGCGAAGUGUACAAAGCCAAGCAUGAUAAGCCAAUGGUUAUUGUUUACGACAAUGUUAGUUACUUGGUUCAUAAAAAUCCAAAAAUCCUCGACAUUCUCCAGGAUGACGCGAAGCACAGUGCUGAUGAUCGAAAAUACAUCGCUGUAUUUGUCUGCAGUGAAGGGAGUGUACCCCAGAGAAUGGAAUCUCGCAGUGCCUGGUCACGCGCAAAAACGCCUGUAAUGGAAAUUGGUGACCUUAGCAAGGAAGAAUCGAUGGAAUAUUUGAUUAAGAAGCGCAAGAUAAAGGAAGUAGAUGUGAAAAAAUUAUUUGAUUUAGUUGGGGGUCGUAUCAUAGAGCUAAAGACUGUGGCGGAUGACUUCUUGAAAGGACAAGAAUUCGAAGUCGUUAAAAAACAAGUCUUAAACAAAGUUGAAAAAACAUUUCGAUCUGCAGAACUCCUUCCGAAUGGUCUAUAUUACGAAGUGGGAAAAAGUAUUAUCGGUGAUUUGUUGAAUUCUAAUAACAAAUCUAAUGAGCUUAGCUUUUUAGAUUUUAAUAAAUAUUUUGAUAAGACUGAGAAAUUAAAUGAAGUGUUAGGAAGCAAUAUAUUUUCAUAUCAUCCCGAAAAAAACGUUGUGACCUUCCAAUCUCAAUCAGUAAAAUGUUAUGUUCAUGAAAAUGCUGACAUAUUCUCCGUGCCUGGUUCACAUAUUAAAAUUAUAGAAGUUAACUAG